AUGGGAGCUUUCUGCUCGUGUUUGCAAGCCGAUUACUCCGACCGCCAUGGCAACCAGACUUCUGGUGCGUUUAGGAACUGCAUGUGCCUCAGGUGUUUUACCCAGCAGCUGAUCAACGCUUACACUGUUUUAUUCCGAGUUGGAACGGUCCACUCUGUUUCUCAAGCUAUAGAAGCCACCCCGCUUGAUUCAUCUGAAAGUUCAUUCGAUACAUAUCGUUCACCUCCAAGACCACUGCCAUAUGAUGAUCCUAGAUUCUCCCCUCCUCUGCGUGACUGGUUUGCAUCAAGGCAGGAUCCUUCAAGCCAUUCACCAGAGGAAUCAGAACCACUCAGACCAAAUUAUGAUGAGGAAAUAGAAACGAUGAGUUCAGUCAACAAGCCAAGUAAAACAAACUAUGACACAAAAAUGAAAAGAAGCAGCUCUGCUUACGGAGAUAAGUUGUCCCGAAAGGAAUCUGGAAAUUAUUUCACCUACUUUUCUCCAUCUACUGAAGAUGAAGAUGUCUGUCCAACAUGUCUUGAAGAUUAUACUUCGGAGAAUCCUAGGAUAGUAAUGCAGUGCUCACAUCACUUCCACCUUGGCUGUAUCUAUGAGUGGAUGGAAAGAAGUGAGGCAUGCCCUGUUUGUGGAAAGUGUUCAGAUCACCAUUCACCGCAAACUGUCCUGAUUGCAGGUUCCACACGUGGAACCUGA